UUUAUUUUGAAGUUAUGUCGCCGAGGUCGCAGCGUCAUACUGGUGGAACGGACGAGCCUGGUCUGACAAUAGAAACGCUGUAACAUCAACUGACUGAUAUUCAAAUCCUUUUUCCUUGAAUACUCUACAAAAUAGUUAUAUGGUUAUAGUCAUAACAAGAUGUCAGUCCAUUUGUCGGGCACAAUGUCAUCUUCUGUUCCGUUUCACACACAGCUUACCUCCAUUAUGGAGGUCUUGGUAAACGCGGCCGUGGCGGAAAUAUGCGAACUUGUGGACGACGGAUACGCGGUUUUACAUUUGGAAAUAUCUCGAAGUCAAAAAGAAAAUGAAGUUUUGAGGGAGAGAUUGCAGAUAAUCGAGAUGCGGAAUGGACAUGGACAGAAGCCAGUAACACAAGAGCGCUCCAUGAGAAAUCACACAGCGAGACCUGUCCUCAACCCAGAGCCAGCUGAAUAUGGAUAUAACCGAAGUCCCGUAGGCAGAGAGUUGAACAACUUCUGCAGCGACGAGGAGCAUCCAAGCAAAGAAGACCCUGUAAAGCAGUCCUGUGCUGUUAUGAAGUCUUUGGUGAAAGAGAUGGGUAAGUCUGAGUGCAUUCAAAUCAAAGAGGAAAGAAUGGAGGACAACAUAACUCCACAGAACGAGUCAAGGAUGGAAGGAGACAGUAGUGUUGAAUCAGGUGCUGAUGAAGACAAAGGAGAUAUGAUUGGGCACACUCAGACAAACAGUCUCUUUCAGGACUAUGAUCCGCAAAUCAAUGCAGACCAAGAGAGUGAGGGCACGAACCAGAAGCUUCCAAGUAUGAACGCUGCCCACAAUGUACAGGCGCAAGGAUACUCGGGCUUAUGGACACCAAUAAGCACUGAAACUGAUUCUGAGGAUCCAGCAUGUUCUUAUGCUUCGGAAUUAAGUCCCACUCAUGUUGCACUACACAUCAACCAACAACAACAGGCGCCAGUGGUUGAGAAAAGCACUUUGUUCCCUGUUAAAUCUUUCAAUGUGAAACCGGAGGCCACGAUUCUUGAUUCAGAACCCUAUGGAGAAAUAUAUCAAUGUAGCAGUAAUGAGUAUUAUUGCAAUAAUAGCAGUAAUAAUUUGCAUCCGCAAAAUCGCAUCUCUUACGAGGCUAGUAAAAAUGUUGGAAAUCUUGCCAUUGCCGACAAGUGUUUGGCAAAGAGUAAAGUAAAUGUAAGCGAAAACACAUCAAGGCCAAAAGUGGGCAUAGUCCAACGUUAUAUGGCAGGACAUAAAAUGCAGCACAGGGUGGGCAAACGAGAAAAACGCUAUGUUUGUGGCUUCUGCAGAAAAAGCUUUACUUGUCCAAAGUAUCUCCAGUCUCAUCAGCGGGUCCACACUGGAGAGAAACCCUUCAGCUGUUCUCAGUGUGGGAAGAAGUUCGGCCAAGCUGGUUAUCUGAAGAAACACCUGAACGUCCACACGGGAGAGAAACCAUUUGUUUGCCCUCUGUGUGGAAAGCGGUUUGCAGACUCAAGUAAUCUCAUCAGACACAAGAGUGUUCACAUAGGACAAAGACCUUUUGUUUGCAUACAGUGUGGGGAGAGGUUUCCAGCAAAGCACAACCUUAGAGUUCAUCUAGAGAUAAACCACUCUGGUUGCUCGAGUGCUGGAGAUGUAUUGUCACACAGUUUACCAUGAACAGUCAUGAGUAAUUAUACUCUUAACAUUUAGACUGAGAAUGUUUUGUCUGUAGUAGGCUAUUUGUCAUUUACAGUUAAGGAAGUUUUGAAGAAAUAAAUGAAUGGAACUAAU